CCGCGGGGAGUCCAAAAUUUUUUGACGAGUUGCCCUUUCCGUAAAUCUAGCACAGAACCUCAGCUUACGGGGUCGUGAGCGCCAGCAGUCACUAUUAACUACUCGGUUCGAAGACCUUCAUCCGCUCUUUCCUCUUGCUCGCUUUGUGUUUCACUUUGAGGGUUUCUUCUUUGGUUCCUCAAUGGAGGGCUUGUCUUCUCACUCUUCCGAUACAAAUCCAUCUCCAUCCGCCCCUUCGGAGUUCCUCUCCAAUCUUCCCUCUCGAGGCCUCUUCUCAUCCACCGUCAUUUCUUCGAAUCCGGGUGGUAUGCGGGUUUAUAUUUGUGAUCAUGAUACCUGUCCACCAGACCAAUAUGUUAAGACAAAUCAACAAAACAUACUGAUUAGAUCACUCACGCUGAAGAAACACAAAGGGGACUCCUGUUCAAAGGAGGGAACUGAGGGCUCAAGGAAGAGGGCUGGUGAAAAGAUUCUAGAUACCAGAGCUUCUGCAAAGAGAAUGAAUAGUCAAGUGAACUCUAGACAAGAGGGGUCAAACAGUCAGACUUCUACAAGGGAAAGGGACUUACAGAGCUUGACUGUAGAGAGGCUUCGAGCUCUGUUGAAAGCUAAAGGCCUUCCCCCAAAAGGAAAGAAGGAUGAGCUCAUUGCGCGUCUAAAAAAUGCUAAUGGCUGAGCAUUGCGUGGAGGACAAAUACUCCGCCCUCGAAGACAUAUAAUAUUGGAUAGGUAAGACUAGUAUCUUAGAAUCAGGAGCCAGGACACUUCUUUUAUCAAGCAUCAGUGGUCAGUGCAAACUGUUGUUUUUUUUUUUCCCCCCGUUUCUAUUUUCUGUGGUUAAAUGUUAUGCUAUGUUUUCUGCUUAGCAUGUGUUUUGGGCUGCUUCACCAAUAGAUCAUCUCGAGAAUGUUGUGUAUGAUAAAACAAAUUUACACAAACCUCAAGGAGAUCCAACGGUGAAAAACUCAUUAGAACAACAUUUAAUUUGACUAAAAUGCAUAUAUUCUUGUUUUUAUUUAGUC